UCUACGCUUAUAAUGUACAGUGUUGUUUGGAUAUAUGGUUGCAUAAAGCGCGGGCAAAUAUUUCGAAGGAGAUUACCUCUAGGGUUUUAGCGUGGGAUGUGUGGCGCAGCGGCAGCGGCAGCGAUUCUCUCGCCUCUCUGCUUGCAGGAUCGUUCCCGGCUGCGCAAACUCCCGUGCCUGGCGGAGCACAAUGCCGCAGCUCAAGUGGCGGCCCCUGCGUCUCUCAAGUAUGAUUCUUCCGCGCCUCGGAUCCAGACGAGAAAAAGGGUGGUGUCUGGAGUCCAGCCAACGGGGACAAUUCACUUGGGGAAUUAUCUCGGGGCUAUCAAGAACUGGAUCGAACUACAGGAACUAUACGACACGUACUUUUUUGUUGUCGACCUCCAUGCCAUAACUUUGCCACACGUUCCCGAGGAAUUGUUAAAGGCAACAAAGGCAGCGGCGGCUAUGUACCUUGCAUGCGGUGUUGAUCCAUCCAAGGCUGCCAUGUUUGUUCAGUCUCAUGUUAAAGCUCAUGCGGAACUAACCUGGCUUUUGAGCUGCGUUACACCUAUCAGCUGGCUUAACAAAAUGAUCCAAUUCAAAGAAAAAUCACGAAGACAGGGUGAGGACGUAGGAACUGGACUUCUAACUUACCCUUUACUCAUGGCAUCAGAUAUACUGCUCUAUCAGACAGAUCUUGUCCCUGUUGGCGAUGACCAGCGUCAGCACUUGGAACUGACUCGGGAUGUUGCAGAACGAAUAAACUCUACAUAUGGAGGUCGUAAAUGGAAAAAACUGGGAGGGCGCGGAGGGCGCAUUUUUAAGGUUCCAGAAGCUUUAAUUCCAAAGACCGGGGCGCGUAUCAUGUCGCUUACUGACGGAACAUCGAAGAUGUCGAAAUCAGCGGCGUCAGACCAAUCUCGGAUCAACAUGCUCGAUACACGUGACGUGCGUAAGCAUGCUACUCUAGUUUUUGUUCUCCAAUGGCAUUGUUUGCAGGAUAUUGCAUACAAAAUCAAGCGGUGUAAAACAGAUUCCUUGACGGGGAUGGAGUUUGACAAUCCCGAAAGGCCAGAAUGUAGCAACUUGCUGUCUGUGUACCAGUUAGUGAGCGGGAAGUCCAGACAGGAAGUGGAAGCUGAAUGUCAGGACUUGACAUGGGGCGCAUUCAAGUUUUUGCUCACAGAUGCAUUGGUCGAACAUCUGGAUCCUAUUCAGAAAAGGUACACAGAGGUGAUGAGCGAUGAGAGCUACCUGGAUCAAGUUCUUUGCGACGGCGCUGCCAAGGCCAACGCCAUUGCCAAGAGGACACUGACUGAUUUGUAUGAGGCAAUGGGAUUUGCAGCAGCUCGUUAGCAGUUUAAGUUGCAAUCAGGCAUAAGUUCGCUGUGAGUUUGAUAAAUUGCUUGAUGAUCAUCUACUUGAUACUUUUGUGUAGACUCGGAGCUCCGUGAAAGGACCCGAUACAAAAGCUAAGGCUCACUUUGGCCAUUCCAUACAUGGUCGCCAACCAAAUAGUAUAAAGAAGCCCCCACCACCCUGAGAAUCCAGAGA